CUUCGCACCGCCGCUUCGACGGUCGUCGCUACUGUUCCCACCACAACAAAACGAUAAAUUAAAAGAAAAAAGGAAAAGGAUCAGCUUGGUCACCGUCCUCCAUCCGUCCGUCUUCUUCACUGUACUCUAUCUGUCUCUCUGCACAAGAUCAGAGCUUUCUCUGUCCAAGGACCAUGGCGGCCGCUGACAGCGACCCCGACAAACCUGUCUCCUUACACGACGACUCUUCCUCGUCGUCUCACCCUCUUCUCUCGAAACCCUCUUCAUCGGCAAUCGAUUCCCCAGGUCGACCUGAUCUGGAACCCGACCCUACCCAGUUCCUUCAGAUCUCCUACAAUUUCGGCCCCAGACCUUUCAAGGACAUUCCCUUUCUAGUUCUCUUCGACCUUCUCGUCCUUUCCACCUUUGGUUUCGGUAUCUUCUCCAUUUUCCACAGGAAUACCGAGUACGGUAACGUAUCCUCGUACACAUAUGAUUUCAGCUCUACAUCCUGCGUAAAAAAUUCCACCUUGACGGCUUCCUUUGACGGGUUCUGGGUUUCGAGUAUCCAGUCGGGUCGAAACUCUUCCUCGGAUGCGGACUUCGAGAAGGAUUUAAUCUGGACCCUUGCUGUGACUCUGAUUUUGAGCGUGCCCUUUUGUUUUCUGGUGCUGCUUUUGCUUAAGCACUACACUAAGCAGAUAGUGUAUGCUUGUUUACCGUUCUUUGUUGUAUUACCAAUCUUUUUCAAUGUCUACUGGUUCGUCGCUUGUACUGUUAGCUCUUCUUGCAGCGAUGCGCUUCCUCUAGGCUACAGAAUUAUCGUUCUCGUGUUUAUUUUCUUAAUCAUCGGGAUCAUCGUCUGGAUUUUCAUAGCGAAUUGGCACAGAAUUGAGCUGACCAUCCAAAUAAUAGGGGUUGCUUCUGAUGCCCUGUCCAAGAACCUGGGUCUCUUUCUCGUGUUGCCGUUGUUGACUCUCGGGUUGGCUGUGUACUAUGCGCCCAUCGUCGUGUUCAUGGUGUUUGCGAGGUUCAACGGGAAAGUUGUGCCAAAGGAAUCAAACGGUGAAUAUUACUGUGUUUGGAAGGAAGACGGUUGGGUUGCAGCAUAUUACGCCCUGGCCAUUAUUACUAUGCUUUGGUCUCUGGCUGUGAUGGUGGAAAUUCAGGUUUAUGUGAUAAGUGGAACAAUUGCUCAGUGGUACUUCUCCAAGGAGGACUCAACCCCUAAAAAAUGCAUCCGUAGCUCUUUGAGGAAUGUGUUUGGUCCGUCCUUUGGCACAGUAUGUCUAUCGGGGCUUCUCAUAUGUAUAGUUCGGGUGGUUAGAGCCAUUGCAGACAAUGCGAGGCAAGAGAAUCCGCAAGGAAUAGUCAACACGGUUCUCCAAUGCUGUGCAAAUGCCUUGGUUGCAGCUGUGGAUUAUCUCAACAAGUUCACCGUCAACUUUGCUGCAAUAACGGGCGGAGCCUACUGCACAUCAGCGAAAAUGACUUACGAACUUCUGAGACGCAAUCUCCUUUCUGCUGUCUUUGUGGAGACCGUUUCUACGCGUUUGCUGGCUGGAAUCAUCUUCGUUCUUUCGUCCGUUUAUGCAGUCGCUACAUGGGGGAUCCUGAAGGGAGUGAGCGAUCUUGGCGUUGAUUCAUACAUAGUGGCUGUCCUGGCGUGGGUCUUACUGAUUGUGAUUCUGGGUUUCUUCGUGCACGUCCUGGAUAACGUUAUAGACACAAUUUACGUGUGUUACGCCAUUGACCGCGACAAAGGUGACGUCUGUAAGCAGGAAGUUCACGAGGUUUAUGUUCAUUUGCCCAUCAGCCGAAGCGCCAGCUCCGGUUUUGUCCCUCAACCAUCUCUCAACGUGUAGUUUAGGAAAUAGAGUCAUCAGUCUCUCCACUUGUUGUAUCCUCUUCCAUUCUGCCUUUCUUUUUUUGGUCGCUUUGCCAUUCGUUGCUUGUCUCUGUAAAUUCCUUAUGCCCCCCUGAAUCUGGAGAUGACUCUUUGUAGAGAUAUGGGGUUUCACCUUUAAUAAAACUGUGAAAAAUCAAAGCUUUUUCUGGAGAAGAA